GGUCGAUAUGCGAUCACUCUGCGCAAGACUGUCGCGUGCCAUAACUUAGCCGCAUACUGCACACUCACUUGGGUAAAUCUGGAGUACAAUUAUAGCUGCGCGGUAUGGACGACCUGUACGACGAGUUCGGCAACUACAUUAGCGAAGAAGUCGACGAAGAUGAAGAAGAACAACCCGCCGACAAUGCCUACGCGCAGUAUCUGGAUGAUGAUGCGGAACCUGCUGCUGCCCCGACCGGACAGGAGCUUAUGGAGGUCGAUGAUGGGCCUUCUAAUGCGGUAGUAUUACACGAAGACAAGCAAUAUUACCCUUCCGCCUCUCAACUCUAUGGUCCAGGUGUCGAGACGCUUGUCCAAGAAGAAGACACGCAGACUCUACAACAGCCUAUCGUGGAGCCUGUCAUCCAUAAGAAAUUUACCGUCGAGGAAGACGAUCUCCCGCCCGUCUACUUCGAUCGCGGCUUUCUUACCGACCUUAUGAGCUUUCCGGAACAAAUUCGGAAUAUUGCCUUUUGUGGUCAUCUGCAUCACGGCAAGACCAGCUUGAUGGACAUGCUUGUUGCGCAAACGCAUGAUGUCUCGAAACUGCGCCUCGGUCUCAAAGGCGAGGAGCGCGACCAACCGAUGCGAUAUACGGACACGCAUGUGCUAGAGCGCGAGCGAGGAUUAAGCGUCAAAGCGAGUCCCAUGAGUCUUGUGUUGCAAGGCACGAGUGGCAAAAGUCACCUCCUCAACAUGCUUGACACACCGGGCCAUGUCAACUUCGCAGACGAGUUAGCUGCCUCCAUGCGGCUGGUUGAUGGCGUGGUGUUGGUGGUUGACGUGGUGGAGGGCGUGCAGACGCAGACAGAGCUUGCGAUUAAGCACGCUGUACUCUCAAACUUGCCGGUAGUCCUUCUGGUCAACAAGAUGGACCGUCUAAUUCUGGAGCUCAAACUGCCACCCACCGACGCUUACUUUAAGGUGAAGCAUGUUGUGGAAGAAGUCAACACCUACAUCGAGUCCGUUAUACCUGGUCGAGGCGAACGCUUCCGUGUCAGCCCUGAGAAGGGCAACGUCGCUUUCGCCUGUGGCAGUAUGGGCUGGUGCCUCACCUUACCUAGCUUCGCGAAGAUGUACGCGGACACGUAUCCCAUUUCGCAGUUCGACCCCUCCGAGUUCGCACGACGGUUAUGGGGCGACAUUUUCUUCAACCCUGGUUCACGCAAGUUUACACGGAAAGCAGUGGAGGAGAGAGCGAAGCGCAGCUUCGUGCAUUUCGUGCUAGAACCGAUUUAUAAGUUGUACAGCCAUACCAUUUCCGAGUCACCGCAGGAUUUGAGGAAAACGCUCGAGGAAUUGGGCAUCUUCCUCAAGCCCUCGCAGCUGCGGGCCAACGCCAAAGAUCUGCUGAAGCUGGUCUGCGAACAAUUCUUUGGCCCUGCGACGGGGCUAGUAGAUAUGAUUGUUCAGCAUGUCCCUUCGCCCCAGAAGGGCGCAAAGAGAAUGCUGGAUCAAUUCUACACUGGACCACAAGACACGAAGACGGCGACGAGCAUGCUGGAGUGCGAUGCAGAGGGGCCGCUGGUAGUGCACAUCACGAAGCUGUUCAACACGUCUGACGCCAAAGGCUUCUACUCUUUUGGCCGAGUCAUGAGCGGGACUGUGCAAGCUGGCCAACAGGUGAGAGUGCUAGGCGAGAACUACAGUAUUGACGACGAAGAGGACAUGGUUAAUACCACGAUCGAGGCGGUGUGGAUCGCAGAAAGCCGGUACAACGUGCCUGUUUCCGGCGUGCCAGCCGGCAACUUCGUGCUGAUGAGUGGCGUUGACAACAGCAUUGUCAAGACUGCCACGCUUGUAGCGCCGAAGCUGCCGAAUGAGGAGGAUGCAUACAUUUUCAAGCCCGUUGCUCACUUCUUCGAAAGCGUUUUUAAAGUGGCUGUGGAGCCGAUCAACCCGUCGGAGCUGCCGAAAAUGCUAGACGGAUUGCGCAAGAUCAAUAAGUCUUAUCCGCUCAUCACUACGAAAGUCGAGGAGAGUGGAGAGCACGUUGUGCUAGGUACAGGCGAGCUGUACAUGGACUGCGUGCUCCACGAUCUCCGCCGGCUGUACGCACAGAUGGAGAUCAAAGUCUCCGAUCCCGUAACGAGGUUCUGCGAGACGUGCGUCGACCAGUCCGCCAUUCAGUGCUAUGCUAUCACGCCCAACAAGAAGAAUAAGCUCACCUUCGUCGCGGAGCCGUUGGACGACGGCAUCGCAGAAGACAUCGAGCGCGGUAAAGUCAGCAUCAAAGACCCUGUGCGUACCGUCGGCAAGUUCUUCGAGGAGAAUUACGGGUGGGACCUACUCGCCAGCCGCAACAUCUGGGCGUUUGGGCCGGAAGAAAUGGGUCCCAAUAUCCUGCAAAACGACACGCUGCCGAGCGAGGUCGAUCAGAAGAUCCUCCGCUCGGUACGAGACGGCAUCAAGCAAGGAUUCAGCUGGGGUACGAGGGAGGGGCCGCUCUGCGAAGAACCGAUCCGUAACACCAAGUUCCGCCUCACGAACGUCGAUCUCGCUUCCGAGGCCAUCUUCCGUGGUGGUGGACAGAUUAUUCCCACGGCGCGGCGAGCAUGCUACUCUUCCUUUCUUAUGGCCAGUCCGCGGCUCAUGGAGCCUGUCUAUGCCGCCACUAUGCUCGGACCGCUGAACACAGUCAAAGCGUUCUACACCGUUCUCGCUCGCCGGCGGGGCCACGUUCUCACAGACGCUGCUGUGCCCGGAACUCCACUCUACUCAGUCCGUGGACUGAUACCUGUGAUCGACUCGUUUGGGUUCGAGACCGAUCUUCGGAUACACACCCAAGGGCAGGCAACGGUGAGUUUAGUGUUUGAGAAGUGGGAGGUUGUGCCGGGAGAUCCGUUGGAUCGGAGUGUGAAGCUCAGGCCGUUAGAACCCGCGCCUGUGCAAGGGACGGCGAGGGACUUCGUGUUGAAGACGAGAAGGAGGAAGGGGUUGAGUGAAGAUGUUGGCGUAGGAAGGUUUCUGGAGCCGGAGUUGGUGAGGAGUCUGAGGGAGAGUGGUGUGCUGGAUGUAGGAAGCUGAGCCUUAUAAGCACGAUCUUGAGACACAUUGCUGGCUUGAUACUCUACCCAUAGCUCUAGAUAAGCAGCGUUAUCGCAUCACGUGCGACCCUGCUCUGCCCCAUUCAACAAGGUUGCGG